AGAAUUAGUAGUAGUUGGGAGUUGGGACCUGCAAAAUUCACCUUCGUUUAAGUCUUAACCCUGAUUAACAUGCUUAAUGUUGGUUGUAAUCAGGUGCAGUUGAACUUCAAUAAAUAUACACUGGUGUGGUGACUGCCUGGUCUUAAAGUCAGUGACAUAAAAAUGGGAGUGAGUAAUAAAAUAUCCUCUCUUUUUCAUUUUUUGUUUAAUUAAGUGAGCUUCAAUUGAAGAAAGAGAGUGUGUUUCUAACUUCUAAGAGAGAGAAGACCAAAAGAGCAAUGAAAUGCAAGCACAUCGACAUUGAGGCAGCGACUGUCUGGAAUUGCAAGAUUUUUCUUAGGGUUCGCGCAAAUUCUAAUUCCAAUUCACUUUGGAAUUCGAUUUUUGGUUCAGUUAUUCAAAUUAAUGUCAGUUUUUUGCGUUAGCAUCUUGAUGAAAUAGCAAAUUCAAGUUUUCGGCGAUUUUUUCCAGCUCGAAUUCAGUAAUUGUUGUUAGAUUGAUCUACAAUCUCUACUUCAAAUUGUGAUAUGUUGCGUGGAAUUGCAUUUUUGAAAUCGAAUUGUUUUAGAAGCUUCAAUUGAAUUUUUUUGAAUCUAAGAUUGAUUAUAAAUGGAGUCAAGAAUGGAUCAUUAUGAGAUCAUGGAGCAAAUUGGUCGCGGUGCAUUUGGAGCCGCCAUUCUUGUCAAUCACAAGCAAGAGAAGAAAAAAUAUGUGCUAAAGAAGAUUAGGCUUGCUCGACAAACUGAGCGAUGUCGUCGAUCCGCUCAUCAAGAGAUGUCAUUGAUUGCACGUAUUCAACAUCCCUACAUUGUUGAAUUUAAAGAAGCUUGGGUUGAGAAGGGCUGCUAUGUUUGCAUUGUUACUGGUUACUGUGAAGGUGGAGACAUGGCUGAGUUGAUGAAGAAGGCAUAUGGUACUUAUUUUCCUGAAGAGAAACUCUGCAAGUGGUUCACACAAUUACUGUUGGCUGUUGAAUAUCUACAUUCAAAUUAUGUCCUCCAUCGAGACCUUAAAUGUUCAAAUAUAUUUCUGACGAAGGACCAUGAUAUUCGUCUUGGUGAUUUUGGGCUUGCUAAAACUCUCAAGGCAGAUGAUUUAGCUUCUUCUGUGGUUGGAACACCAAAUUAUAUGUGUCCUGAACUUCUGGCAGACAUACCUUAUGGCUUUAAAUCUGAUAUUUGGUCCUUAGGUUGCUGUAUGUAUGAAAUCGCAGCUCAUCGACCGGCAUUUAAAGCAUUUGAUAUGGCAGGAUUAAUUAGCAAGAUUAAUCGAUCAUCUAUGGGUCCCUUGCCUUCAUGUUACUCUCCUUCACUGAAGAGUCUAAUCAAGGGAAUGCUACGCAAAAAUCCUGAGCAUCGCCCAAGUGCAUCCGACAUUCUGAAGAACCCUUACUUACAGCCUUAUGUCUACCAAUACCGGUCCUCCACUUCUACAUAUCUGGGGAAACCAAUGUCUACAGUUCGUGAAACACGAAAACCAAUGAUUGAGAGCCAAAUCAGUAGCAGUUCUUGCAGUGAUAAAGAUAGUUCUGUUUCAACUGAGAAGAACAUUUCAGUCAUGGUUUACUGCGAGAAUAAGGCCACUGAAACAGAUAUGGCAUCUGAUGAUGAUGUAGAUUAUGAGAAUUCAACUCAAACUAAUGAAGAGCAAUGUGCUGCAGAGUGUGUGGUCAGUAUGCAGGAAGAGGUCAUAAAAUCUGCUAAUAAUGUGCCAAAAUCCAACAGUGAGGUAAAGCAACCGAAGACCUUAAAAAAUAUGCUAAUGGCUUUCAGGGAAGGUAAAACUAGGGAGAACAGUUCUCCUAUGCGAAGCAACAGAGGAAGAGCUGUGCAAAGAGCUAACAUUGAAGCAUCACCUAAAGUAUGUAAGCCCACCAUUGUUCCUCCUACUGUCAAGCCUGCUUCUGAUUUUCAAGCAGUUGUGCCGGCAAGGAUCAGUCCUGAUUCAGCAAAAAGAGUUCAUGGAUCGUCUUCUCUGAAGCAUCAGUUACCUAUUAUUGAAUCCUCGCCUAAGACUAAGCCCAGACAUGAAGAUGUUCCUUCACCUGGACCUAUUAAACAAAUUGUUGAAGAUGGAAUUGCUGGUAGGUCAAGGCAAAAAACUCCUCCUCCCAAUGUUGUAAGACGGUCUUCCUUUCCAGCGAGGAUAAAGCAAGCAAGUGUUGAUGUUCCGAACAGGGAAAAUGACUCCACAAAGGUAGGUCUUGGUGAUAUGGCUCAGGAGUCUGAGAGUGUUGUUUUGCUGAGCAAGAGCCCCCCAACUCAUGCUCCACAAGGGGUAAAACAGAAUUCAGGGGGAGGUCCAAAGGUACCUCGAAGAGCCACAAGGACUGAUAGCAGCAAUUCUGUAUCUUCUUCUGUGUCCAUGCAAGCUUUUGAACUAUUUGAUGAUGCAACAACUCCUUUCCGGAGCUCAUUGGAGCAGACUACCCAUGAUUGUGAAGUAGUGAGCCACUCUAAACAGCUUGGAUCUCAUCGGCCAAGCAGUGCUUCUGCAUCCAUUUCAAACCUUAAGAUGCCUGAAUGUAAUCCUGGCAAUGCUACCUGUCAUCAGACCGCAGUGACUGACACUGAACAUUUCGAAUUGCAUCGGCCAAGCAGUGCUUCUGCGUCCAUUUUGCAUCAUAAGAUGCCUGAAAGUAGUUCUAAUUAUCACGAUUCAGUCACUCAGGGCCAACGGUAUGAUUUGCAUCAGCCAAGCAAUGAUUCUGCUUCCUACUUGUUCCCCGAGAUCCCUGGAAAUAGCUCUGGUAAGGCUGUUUGUGACAAUGUGAUAGGAAAGCGUGUUGAAGAAGAAUCACAUCGGCCUGGCGAUGCAUAUUCGACCCAUAUGUAUCCUGAGAUGACAGAAUGUGUUUCUGGAAAUGGUCAUCAACAUGAUGCUGAAGCUGAAUUAUGCUUUGUUGAGACAUUUUCCUUUUCUUCCGGCUCUCCAUCUGGGACAGACAAGAACUUAUCAGGAGACAUUUAUGGACUCAGCAAGCCUGAAUAUCAGAAUAUUGGUUCUAGUAAUGUGGGUAUUGAAGCACCUGCAUUCUCGAAUCGUCAAUGUAGGAGUUCUCAGGAAAUGUUGGACGUGGGUUCUGGUCCUUCUAGCAAUGUGGGUACUGAAGCUAAUGCAUCGUUGAAGGUCCCGUAUAGGAGUCAUGUGGAAAUCUCGGCAUGUAAGGAUUACUCUUCUCCCAGCAGGUCAAGUGGUAGAUCUGAUCAUACGCUAUGCUCAAAUCCCGUGUCUCCAUCACAAGGUGAUGACAAGUUCACAGUAAAGGAAUUCUUGUCAACUGAGGGAGACAAAACAGCUUCAAAUGCAUCUGUAUCUUCAGCCAAAAAGAACAUCCAGAAAGAUAACGAGUUCAUCUUCCAAAAUAUACCACCAGAACAAGCUCCUGCUCCCAGUUUACCCGCGGUUUUUGAGGAGGUUGUACAUGUCCCUCGGCGUAGUAGUUUCCGGGAUGGAAGUGAGCAGCAAUUCAGUGAUACUGUUGAGAGAAAGAUGGAUGUUGGCACGCUCGUUAAUGUAAUCAGAGAUGAGAGGGAUGAGAGCAACAUGAAUGCUCCGAUUUCUUCAAAACCCUCAAAUUGCUCACGGACUAUGACUCCAAGAUCAGAUUCUCCUAUGAGAUCUGGCUUUUCUGAGGGUUAUGAAUCCUCGAGAAGUGAUGUUAAAAGCUCGGAGGCAACUGUGGCAAUCUCUGAUACUUCACUGCAAGUGAAGCCUCAGUCUGGUCCGAAAGAGGGGGACUCCCCAUUUAAGGAAGUUAUGGAUGUUAAGUCUUUUAGACAGAGGGCAGAGGCCCUUGAAGGACUACUUGAACUUUCCGCUGAGUUAUUGGAGCAAAGUAGACUAGAUGAGCUUGCCGUUGUAUUGAAGCCCUUUGGCAAAGAUAAGGUUUCGCCAAGGGAAACGGCCAUUUGGUUGGCUCGAAGUCUUAAAGGCAUGAUGAUUGAGGACUCUUCUCGUGGUUCAUGAUUUAGUUCCACGUUUGUGCUGGUAAAUUACCGAUAUCGUGUUCAGCAGUAUUCUGUCCAUACUCCAUAGCUAUCAUUCUUCUUGGUCUUUUAUUUUUCUCCUCUAGGAAAACAAAUACGUGGUCCUCUUUGUGGAUUUUUUGAAGAGAAACCAAAAAAAAAAAAACCCUGCUUCUUUUUUACCAUUCUUUGGAUGCAGCAUGUUGUUGUACAUAGUGGUGACACGGAUUCAAUAAGGUUAUUUUUUUUUGUUUCUGUCAAUUGUACCAGUAUGCUGUACUGUAUAGCACAUAUAUGAGCGCCUGAAUUAUUCUCCUUGGAAACGUUGUCAUUCCUUCUUCUCUUAAGACUUAAUGAGAAAUCAAAAUUAUUGUUUCAGUAUUCAA